UCUCCAUGGCAGGGCCUCGGAGCCAAGACGAGAGAACAUGCUACUGUGAAGACAUAAUUACAGUUUUCACGUGAACAAAGCUAGCACUAUUGUAAUUUAGUGCCCCAAAGGAAGACUGUCAGUGACUAUAAAAGGACAUUUCUGAGGCUAACAGAAUGUAGGAACCCGAACUUGAAACCUGAGCCACUGCCUGAAGGCAUGGUGAGACCAACAGAUGAAGAGAAGAUAAUCUGUUAUUCACACUUCUCAAAAGGAGCGGGCAUGCUGUACCCCAGAGACCCACACAGUGUGACACCGAGCUGUUAACUAAUAGGAGAAAAAUGAGCCUGAAUAUGAAGCCAGCAUGGAACAGCGGCGUUUGUUAGGAGCCAGCUGUAGCGAUGGGAAAGAGUCGGAAAGAGGAGCUCAGGAAUCCGAGCAUAUAACCUGUAUGGACUCUGGGGAUCCUUCCUUUGGACAGAAUGAGCCCCCUACCAUUUUGCCUGUUACUGCUGAAACAGAUGAUCCCCUCACAUCACAGGAUCUGCCAGAGACACUGACUGGUACACAGGCCCUCUGUGUAGAGCAGUUCCAUCUUUUAGACCCAAAUGGGCAGCCUCUUCAAUAUGACCUCCACUCACAAAUGACGGUCACUACCAGCCCUUCAGAAAAUGGACAGGUACUUCAUGUAAUCCCACCUACCCAGACAGAAAUGGCACAGGUGACCAUACCACGGGAGCCGCUGGUGGAUGCGACUAGUCCCCAAGAUGCCUCUGAAGAGAAACCCACUGACAGAAGCUUACCAACUGUAAGAGCAGAUACUCUAGAAGCCAGUGCCAGUAACUGUAUUCUUCGUUCACAAGCAUCCCUUGUGCUACCCAAAAAGUCAGGGACCAGACUGCUCGAGGAAUCUUUGCCAUCUCCUCUGCAGCCACUUUCUUCUAACACACCUAUAUGGGCCUGCCGUCUUAGGAGUUGUGAGAAAAUUGGAGACUCCUACCGGGGCUACUGUGUGAGUGAGACUGAAUUAGAGAGCAUCCUAACUUUUCACAAGCAGCAAACGCAGAGUGUCUGGGGCACUCGCCAGUCUCCAAGCCCAGCCAAACCCGCCACGCGCUUGAUGUGGAAGUCCCAGUAUGUCCCCUAUGACGGUAUCCCGUUUGUCAAUGCAGGUAGUCGAGCUGUGGUAAUGGAGUGUCAGUAUGGACCAAGGAGAAAAGGUUUUCAGUUAAAGAGAAUCAGUGAACAAGAAAGCAGGUCUUGUCAUCUCUACAAAGCUACGUGCCCAGCCAGGAUUUACAUUAAAAAGGUACAGAAGUUCCCUGAAUACAGAGUGCCUACAGACCCCCGGAUGGACAGGAAGACCAUCAGAGUGGAGCAGGAGAAAGCCUUCAGCAUGCUGAAGAAGAACCUGGUGGAUGCUGGGGGUGUUCUUCGAUGGUAUGUGCAGUUACCUACACAGCAAGCUCAUCAGUAUCAUGAAUUAGAGACUCGUGGCCUCUCUCUGUCACCAUCUCCUUUUCCUAUGUCUUCUCUUGAGGAAGAGGAAACUGUAGUCAGAGAUGAGAACUGUGCGUUGCCCUCACGUCUCCACCCGCAAGUAGCGCAUAAGAUUCAGGAAUUAGUGUCUCAGGGAGUAGGACAAGUGUAUGCAUUGAGGAAGCAGCUCAGAAAAUUUGUGGAAAGAGAGCUGUUCAGACCUGAUGAGGUACCUGAAAGACAUAAUUUGUCCUUUUUUCCAACUGUAAAUGAUAUAAAAAAUCAUAUCCAUGAGGUACGGAAAUCCUUGAGGACUGGAGAUAUGGUAUAUAACCCAGAGAUUAUUCCAGCAACGCUUCAGUGGACUACAGAUAGCGGGAAUAUUCUCAGAGAGACUGUAACAGUUACAUUUGCAGAAGGGAAUUCACUGGGAGAACCAGUUAUCAGCAGUGUGGGGACGAGUAGGACACAGGCUUCGUUGUCUCCAGAGCCGUUCCACUUGCUCUCCCCACUCCCUUCAUUUCAGCCCAAAAUCUCCUCACACUUACAGGGUUUGAAGUUACAGCCAAGACUCUCCUCUCUUGAUGGAUCCCAAGCUCUGGUAUCAGGAAAUGGCCACCCUUCCUCUGGUCCUUCAGGACGUCUGGAUACAGCAGGAAAUGCUGUAGUGACUAAUCAUCCUCUACUACUUGGUCAGAGUCAGAACCUUAGAACAGACACAUGCCUAACGCAAAACAGCAGCACUGCCUCCGCCGUGGGAAACCUCCCAGAGUCAGUUCAAAAUCUCGUAAUGGGUUCGCUGGUGGAAGCUGAAGAUGUUGAUGACACAGGGAAUCUGGAAGGAAGUGUAAAUAGGAUUCUGUUGGGAGAUGUGCAAACCGUUCCGGUACGAGUCGUAGGCAGCCAUCCAGCUCUUAUUGAAGAAAGUCGAGAAGAUACUCUGUCCGUGAACCAAGUUAAACAAGAACCCAAAGAGUCAACACUGUCUAUAGGAGCAAAAACUUUUCUGGACUGUAAAAAAAAAUUAUCUGCUACAUAAAAUGCUUAAAGCUUUUCAAAUUCUACAGCUAUGGUUCUGAUGUCUUAAACGGUGAAGAUUGCCAGGCAUGGCAUGUCAAUCAUUGGACCAGAACACAGUUACGAGCAGCUUCAACUUAAAACUUGAAUAUUUGUUGUCAAUUCCAUAUUUGUAAUUCUCUCAAGAAGUAUCUUACUUUAUUUUGUAUUCCUAUAUAUAUUUUUUUUAUUAUCCAGUAAGUCAAGUGUUAAAAGAUCAUCUUUAACUUCACAGUAAUUUAGUGUGAACACAAAUAGUUAUCUCACUCCUGGAAAUACCUAGUAUUGGUUCUUACAAGACAAAAAAUGCCAACAUAAGAGUGUGUGAGUAUGUAGGGCAUGUGUUGUGUGCUCAGAAAUUUAAAAUUGUGUGGAGAUUUUCGAUUAGCUAACAGGUAAGAGAAUUUGUUAUGUGUCCUAUUUGAAAAGAUAGAGCAAUAGACUUAUAUGAAAGCACAGAGCUGCCAGUCACAUUACUAUAGAUUUGCAAAGUGGCCCCCAGCCACCAAUCACAUUCCUAUAGAUUUGCAUAGUAGCUGACAGCUACCAGUCACAUCCCUGUAGAUUUGCAUAGUAGCACACAGCCACCAAUCACAUCCCUGUAGAUUUGCGUAGGAGCACACAGCCGCCAAUCGCAUCCCUAUAGAUUUGCAUAGUGGCACACAGCCACCAAUCACAUCCCUGUAGAUUUGCAUAGUAGCACACAGCUACCAAUCACAUCCCUGUAGAUUUGCAUAGUAGCACACAGCCACCAAUCACAUCCCUGUAGAUUUGCAUAUUGGCACACAGCUACCAAUCACAUUCCUGUAGAUUUGCAUAUUAGCACACAGCUACCAAUCACAUUCCUGUAGAUUUGCAUAUUAGCACAUAGCCACCAAUCACAUUCCUGUAGAUUUUCAUAGUAGCAUACAGCCAUCAAUCAUACUUCUGUAGAUUUGCAUAGUAGCACACAUCCACCAAUCACAUCCCUGUAUAUUUGCAUAGUAGCACACAGCUGCCAAUCACAUCCCUGUAGAUUUGCAUAGUAGCACACAUCCACCAAUCACAUCCCUGUAGAUUUGCGUAGUUGCACACAUCCACCAAUCACAUCCCUGUAGAUUUGCAUAGUAGCACACAGCUGCCAAUCACAUCCCUGUAUAUUUGCAUAGUAGCACACAUCCACCAAUCACAUCCCUGUAUAUUUGCAUAGUAGCACACAGCUGCCAAUCACAUCCAUGUAAAUUUGCAUAGUAGCAUACAGCCGCUAGUUACAUCCCUGAACACUGCAUUUGUGGUUUAUCCUCUAGGCUUUAUACCUUUAACUAUAAUUGAAUGGUAGUAAUGGUCUUCUGUCAGAAAGUUAAAUGACUUGGUAAAUAUUGAAAAGUUUAAGUUGAAUUAAUCAGAUUAAUAACACAAAUAAGUGAAUUUUAUAUGGGAUUAGAAGUAAAUCCCUAUUUAGGAAGAGAAAGAUGAAAAAUUCAGAUAAUGGGGGAAAUAUUAUAAUUCUCUACUGUUUACAGAUCAGUUAAGGGAGUUUGGUGGUAGCAAAAUUUUGUUGUUUUUUAAACAUUCAAUUUUUGGCUAGAAAAUAAUUUAAGUGAUAUUUACAUUUUUUCUAUACUAGAGUUCUUACUGAAUUGAUAG